GCGAUUCACGAAACCGGUCCACUCUAUUUAUUACGCGAGUCGGUAUUUACAUUCGUAAAAAUUUUAAAAAUUCCCUUAAAUGUUGUGGACUGGUUAAAUUUAAAUACAGAAUCCUAAACAGAGUUUUGUAACCUACUGAGGGAAGACCAGAAACGAAAAGAUUUCCAACCAAUGAGCCCGAGAACGAGUCUAGACUUGAGAGAGGGAUUGAACGUUUAUUAACCCAUGCUGCCCGCCAUCAUUUUCCGGCAGGUGCAGCGCCCACUGCAUCAUGGAGCCGCCACUUUGGAGCACGUUCUGGGAGUCGGUGGAAGUAGCUUUGUGAACUGCUUAAACCGCUAUGCCGCCGCCACAGGAUUCAUCCGUAUUUCCUUCCUGGACAUCAAGCGCAGGAGGAACUAUGAACUGGCCAGACUUCGGCUUUAUGCCGACGAAAAGAAACAGUCCCUUCAUCUGCGCACUCUGCAGGGACGGCAUCUCCUGCAGGGCGUCAUCGAUAGGAAGAACUUCAUUGUCGAUGACAUCCGAGAGGCGAAACACAAGGUCCAGGAGAGGGUUCGCGAGAAGAUCGACGAGAUCCGCGAGGAGCGCGAAAAUAUCAUGACCAUACCCAAUAUGCUGACCAUCAGCCGCGCCUUCCUGUCCCCCUACAUUGGAUAUGUGAUCGUCCAGGGCGACUUUACGCUGGGCAUGAGUCUGCUAGCUUUCGCCGGAGUUACCGAUCUGUUGGACGGACAGAUCGCUCGCAGAUGGCCCUCGCAGGCGAGCAAGUUUGGUUCCUUCCUGGACCCCAUGGCCGACAAGCUGUUGAUGGGUUCGCUGGUCAUAUCACUGUGCUACACAGAUCUGCUGCCUAUGUGGCUCGCCGGUAUUGUAGUCUUCCGAGAUGUGUUCCUGCUAGCAGCUGGAUUUGUUAUACGCUACAUAAGUCUGCCCCCGCCGAAAACCUUUUCGCGGUACUUCGAUGCCACACAUGUGACUGCUCAACUAGAGCCAACGUUGCUUAGCAAGAUUAACACUGGCGUGCAGUUGGCCACCAUCGGCCUAAGUUUGGGAGCUCCCAUUUGGAAUUAUUUGGAUCAUCCCGCUUUGCAGGGCCUUUGGUAUCUGACUGGCCUGACCACAGCUGCCACUGCUCUCAGCUACGUCAUGAAUCGACAUAAUACCUUUAAGAUUAUCCAGAAAAAGACGUAGAACCGGGCAUUUCCGCAAUAUCUGAAUACUUUAAGAGAGUAUUGACUCCCUUAGUAAUGAUUAGUAUGUAUUGAGUUUUCUAAAUGAUUACCAUCUAAAAUUAAAUAAAUUUAUUUUGUUAAAAAAUA